AUUUGAGACUCGAUCUCGCUUGCAACCACCAUGUCGACGGCGAAUGACGCGUUCCAUCGCAGGCGUGUUUUGCCAGCGAACGACCCUAAUAUCCAGGCAUUGGAUGCGAGAGCUAAGAAACGCGCGCAACAUUCAGCACAGAGACGAGAAGAAGCCGAAAAAAUUAAAAACCAGGGAAACGAAUUUUUCAAAGAACAGAAAUAUGCAGAAGCAGCGCAAAAGUACUGCCAGGCUCUGGACGUCGGUGGCGCCAAAGCCGUUAUCAUAUGUAAUCUCGCCGCGGCGUUCCUCAAACUCGAAUUCUUUGACCUAGCUGAAGAAGUGGCUAAUCAAGCAUUAAUACGCGAUCCUGGAAUGCACAAGGCUCGCUACAGGCGUGGGAUGGCACGAAAAGGUCUGCAUAGGUACCGUGGAGCUCUAAUCGAUUUUGAAACGAUUCUGAAGUCUGAACCCGAUUCUUCACAUAUUUUGUCGGAAGCACAAGCUGCUCGUGAGGCCUGUUUAGAAGGACUUUGCUCAACGUCCGACGAUAGUUGUGCUUCUUCGGAAUACGGGGACCCAUCUGAGGAUCGCGCCAAGGAUGACUCUUCAACAGAUUCGGAUUCCAGCGAUUGUCAUCAUUUUGGGAAUGGAAUUGCUUGUCGCUUUUAUAACCAUGGCGGCUGCAAUCGCGGUCACAACUGCAAAUUUUCCCAUACUCCGGAUGACAAGAGUGUACGGGAUGACCUUGGAAAGAACGUUUGUCUAUUCUUCCUUCUCGGAAUUUGCAAGUUUGGUGAUGCCAAGUGCAUAUAUUCCCAUACAAAACUUUACCUCCCUGAAAACGGCUUCUGGAACGACGAGGAAGCUAUUUCAAUACUGAGUUAUAUUUACGAGAUGAAAACGGCGGAAGAAAUGGAGCGCAGGUUGAUGAGCAACCUUUUUCGAACAGUUCCUCAUGAUGUUUCCUAUAGCUCACUUCCCGGGGGUCGAGUCUCGUCCCGCAGCGUUGCCGAUAAGCUUCGUUCACGAGAUUUCCAAACAAGCGCCCAGCCGUCUAGCUCGCGCUCCUCCUCUGAGCCCAAGGGCAAAGCCAAAGGAAAGAAGAAAGCAGCUCACGCUCCAUCAAUGUCAUCCUCGGCACCUACCCCAUCAUCCUCCAAAGCACCCUCGGACAUUAAAGACCAAUUCAUCCUCGUCCUUUCGCUUGAACACCAAGAUUACUAUUCCGACAUCUUAUCCCACCUUCUAUCUGCAAUGAAAGCAAGAAUUUCCACCAAGCAGGCAGUUACGGAGAGCAGCGCAUUGCAGCUACUCUCCUCGUCUCAUCUUGUCGGUGUACUCGUAACGGACGCCGGUAUCGCGUCGCGGAAACACGCGAAAGUGCUUGCGAAGCUCGUGGAAUGGACGAAGGCCGGUGGAUGUGUUGUGGUCGGGGGAAUGUUCAGCGGCAAUAUCAGUAGAACGGAUAUGGGCCGCUUUUUUGGUUCUAGUUGGGGCCUCCCGUGGAGGAUGGGAUCAUAUCAUCGAACCACAUUUGCUCGCAAUGAAGAACAUAACGCUGUCAAGCAGAACCCUUCUCUACCAUCUUCUUAUAGCAUGAAAGCUGUCCAUCUCAGUGGAGUGGAUUUGUCUACGGCAGUAUAUAAGGCGACGACAAACUCCCGUAUUGAAUCACUGGUCUUCGCUGCUACUCCAGUACAAAAUCUUGCAGAAUCUCCUGUUGCUCAGACGCGUGUAGGCAAUGGCUACUUUGGAUACCUGGGCGACGUCAAUGGGGAGGAUCUAUCCACGCCUGUAGUCCUCGCGAUGCUGGGCCUUCUCGAUCAAAAGCGCCCUGACCCAAGUGCUUCUACCCUGGGUGUUACCAGGGAAUCUGCGGCCAAUCUUCAGUCACAAUCGAAGAAGUUCAUUCUCCUCCUGUCUUUGGAGAACGAAGAGUUCUUCGACGAGAUUCACGCCCACUUCCUUUCCACCUUGCGAUCCAAGACCUGUGUCAAGAGGGCUCUGACACAGAGCGAAGCCUUGACGUUCCUCGCUUCUCCGGAUCUCGGAGGAGUCUUCGUCACCGACCCUGGAGUUACUCACAAGAAACAUAAUUCCGUCCUCACCAAAUUGAUCGAAUACACAAAGGCUGGCGGGUUGGUUGCCAUUGGUGGAUUAUUCAGCACAUUCGUCAGCUUUGUAGAAAUGGACAGGUUUUGGUCGAAAUGGGGGCAGUCUUGGAAAAUGGGCUCGUAUCAUCGUGAAACAUUCUUCCGCAAUGCGAACAACGCCACUGUUCAGGUCAACCCAUCCUUGGCGAAUCACUACAGCAUGAAAGCUGUUUACCUCAAGAAUGUUAGUCCGUCUGCGGCGAUAGCCGUAGCGGGGAAAUUGAAGGCACCUGCUAUUCACACUAAAUUGGGCUCAGGCUACCUCGGCUACCUGGGUGAUGUAAACGCAGAAGAGAGCUCAACGAAUGUUCUGCUCUCGAUGUUGGGCUUGUUGGAUUUCCGAUACGACGCUGCCUCUGCUUCCCAGCCUUCGACCUCAGCGUCGUCGUCGUCUUCAACUGGAUCCGGUUCGCGCAGCAAUAACCGAUCCGUCGCCCGCCCACACCAGUCGGCCGAUAGUUUCAUUCUUCUUAUCUCACUUGAAAAUGAGCCGUUCUUUGAAGAUAUCCACAAGAAUCUUCUCAAGGCUUUGCGAUCCAAGCGACGUGUCGUACAAGCAUUGUCAGCCGACGAAGCCAUGCAGUCUCUCGCGUCCUCCAACCUCGCAGGUGUCUUCGUGACGGACCCGGGUAUUGUUCGGAAGAAGCAUAAUCGCGUCCUCACCAAACUUGUCAGUUACACCAGGGAUGGCGGUUUGGUCGCAUUCGGCGGACUUUUCAGUUCAUUCAUACGUCCUCCUGAAAUGGAUAAAUUCUGGUCGACAGCGUGGGGUGUUUCUUGGAAGGUGGGCAAUUAUCAGAGAGAGAUGUUUUACCGCCAAGAAGAGAAUGAUACAGUCAAGUCUUCAAAGGGCUUGCCCGCAUCCUACAGCAUGAAGGCCGUGCACCUCAAAGGGAUCAAUUCUGCAGCUGCAGUGUACAAGAACCGGGAUCAGCAUGGAGAGUUACAAGCUCCUGUCGUGCGGAUGAAGUUCGGAACGGGGUAUUUGGGCUACCUGGGAGACGUCAAUGCCGAAAAGGAAUCGACUGACGUCGUUCUCGCUAUGCUGGGUCUUCUGGAUGCGUAGCUGAAAAGGAUAUUGAUUGACACUGAUUGUUGUCUGGUGGCUUCUCAUUGGUUGUCUUGGUUUAAUACAUUACAGUAUGUAAUAGUUACUCGUCUUGACUGUUGUACAUGUACAUACUUUUGCAUUCCAUUGUGACUGAAAUUAUUACAAAGUUGGUAUCCAAGGAACAGAGGGAAUAUAAACGAGUUCAUAUUGAUCGCACUGAAGAUUCAAGAAGCAUAGUCACGAUUAAAGAGUCAUCGUUGUCUUCUACACUUUGGCGGGUAUACUGCCGGGCCAAUGCUCUUGAUUUCUUCUUCUCCAG